AUCCCAAUCUUUGGAUAUCUGGAGGUUUGGCACCUCCAAAGUCAUGUAGCAGAUUCAUCAGCUCCUGCACCAUUCGAGCCACCGUCUUCAGGCAGUACCAGCCAUGUUGUUGAAGCAUCCGAUACUCCAAAACCGGGUGAAGUUGCUCCAAUUGUUGACACGAAUGUAACUAAUACCAACAAUACUCUUACAAGGCCUGUGCCUCCUAGGCUGUGGCAGAACUAUGGUACUAGUUAUGGAGGUUAUGGAUCAAGCAUGUACAAUUCGAGCUAUGGAUCUGGCAUGUAUGGUUCGUAUGGGGGUCUUGGAGGAUCAUAUAGUGAUGUAAGGUGUUGUGAAUUUCUUUUGUCAAAUUUCUAUACUAAUCGAUCAGAAUACUCAGGCCUUUCACUUGUUCAUGGCCGCUCUUCUCCAGAUUAGAUUUCUAGCCAAACUUGGCUCUAUCUUUAUUCUUCCAGGAUGCCACAAUGAUUUUUGACCAGGUAGCAAACAUCUGCAGUUUUUUUGACCGUUCCGUAUUGCUAUAUGGUGAGCUUGCAAGAUUUGUAUUGAGGAUACU